AUGCCUUACCCCGAUGAAGCUGAGGGCUUCCAGGUCGAUGGACCUAACAGCUACACUGAGUUCCACAAGCGCCACUUCAAGCUGAAGCCUUUCGGCGACUAUGAUGUCGACGUCAAGAUUGAGGCCUGUGGCAUUUGCGGCAGUGAUGUGCACACUAUCAGCGGAGGAUGGGGUGAUCAAAAGUUCCCCCUGUGCGUGGGUCACGAGAUCGUCGGUCGGGCAAUCCGCGUCGGACCUAAGGUCACCCUGAUUAAGGAAGGCGAGCGCGUUGGAGUCGGCGCGCAGUCCUACUCCUGCGGCAAGUGCAAGCAAUGCCGCAACGACAACGAGACAUACUGCCAGGUCGAGCCAAUGGACACCUACGGCUCGAAAUGGGCCGACAGUGGCAUCGUCAGCCAGGGCGGAUACUCAUCGCACACCAACUCUGUUGCUCCGAUGCUGUGCGCCGGAUUGACGGCGUACUCGCCCUUGGUGCGCAAUGGCGCUGGUCCUGGCAAGAAGGUUGGAAUCGUUGGACUGGGUGGCAUUGGUCACUUUGGAGUCAUGUUUGCUAAGGCGCUGGGCGCGGAGACGUGGGCUAUUUCGCGCUCUCGCGCUAAAGAGGCGGACGCUCGCAAGCUUGGUGCUGAUGGCUACAUUGCCACUGCUGAGGAGGGGUGGGAGACGGAUCACCUGUGCUCGUUUGAUGUGAUUAUCAACUGCGCUAACUCUUCGGAGGGUUUCGAUCUUGCGCGCUAUCUGUCCAUGAUGGAUGUUCAUGGGCGCUGGAUCAGUGUUGGUCUUCCUGAGGAGGAGGGUCAGGUCAUUAAAGCUCAGAACCUGAUCUCCAAUGGUGUUCUCAUUGGUGCUAGUCACCUGGGUAGCCGUCGGGAGAUGCUUGAUAUGUUGCAGCUGGCUGCGGAUCGGGGUCUUAAGGGUUGGGUGGAGGAGAUUGCCAUCGGAGAGGAGGGACUCAAGGAGGCCAUGCUGCGCAUGAAGAAGGGUGAUGUGCGCUACCGGUUUACUUUGACCGGAUAUGAGAAGAUCUUUGGAUGA